UACACAGUACAGGCAGCCUGCUAGAUUUGAGUCUCUCCUGUCUCCCUGGAUCUUCUUAGGGAAAUGACCCAUUUACAGAAGGAAGUGACAGCCAUUGAGACCAAGCUUGAACAGAAGCGCAGUGACCGCCACAACCUGCUACAGGCCUGCAAGAUGCAGGACAUCAAGUUGCCACUGUCUAAAGGCACCAUGGACGAUAUUAGUCAGGAGGAAGGUAGCUCCCAGGGGGAGGAUUCAGUGAGUGGCUCCCAACGAACUUCCAAUAUCUACGCGCGAGAGGCCCUCAUCGAGAUUGACUAUGGUGACCUGUGUGAGGAUCUGAAGGUAAGAUCUUCCCAGCUGUCCAUCAAGGGUCAGCCCAUCUAGGGGUCCUGUGGAGUUAGACCAUGGCUGGAAAGAGGGGU